UUCAUAAAGAUUGCCAUUCACACGGAAAGCCGCUCAUAAGGGCUGCCACUGCAACGCAGUAGAAAAAAAUAAAAACACGAAAUUUGUUUGCAUUUAAUCUGAUGCAAAAAAUAAAAGCUGGCUUACGCAAUGAACUUUACAAGCAGCGGCAGCAGCACAAGUGGUGCAGCCAAUGCCGCUAGCAAUAAUGCGCUUCCAAUGGCACAGCUAGCUGACGGUUGGCUAGAGCUAGAGUCUGAUCCGGGUUUGUUUACGCUGCUUUUGGAGGACUUUGGGUGUCACGAUGUGCAAGUGGAGGAAGUGUAUGACUUGCAGAAACCUAUUGAGAGUCCAUACGGUUUUAUAUUUCUCUUUCGCUGGAUCGAAGAGCGUCGUGCGCGGCGGAAAAUUGUUGAAACGACAGCAGAGAUAUUUGUCAAGGAUGAGGAAGCGAUAUCGAGUAUAUUUUUCGCACAGCAAGUAGUGCCCAACAGUUGUGCUACACAUGCUUUGCUUUCCGUUUUGCUAAAUUGCAAUGAGAACAAUUUACAGUUGGGCGAAACUUUGAGCCGACUGAAGGCGCACACCAAAGGCAUGAGUCCGGAGAAUAAAGGACUUGCUAUUGGCAAUACACCAGAGCUAGCUUGCGCGCAUAAUUCUCAUGCCAUGCCACAGGCACGUCGGCGUCUGGAACGCACUGGCGCGGGUGUGGCCAGCUGUCGUUUUACAGGUGAAGCCUUUCACUUUGUCAGCUUUGUCCCUAUUAAUGGGCAGCUAUUUGAGCUGGAUGGCCUGAAGCCUUAUCCCAUGAAUCAUGGCUGUUGGGAGGAGCACGAGGACUGGACGGAUAAAUUUAGGCGCGUCAUGGCAGAGCGCCUGGGUAUUGCCACAGGCGAGCAAGACAUACGCUUCAACCUCAUGGCUGUAGUGCCAGAUCGUCGGAUUGCCAUUACACACAAACUGAAGAUGCUGCGCACCAAUCAAGCCAUUGUCUCAGGCACGUUACAGAAGCUGCUGCGCGCUGAUGAACAAGGCGAUGAGCAACAGCGUCCGGAUACGCCCAAUACCUUGCUAGAGCCUAGCGCAUUUACUGCACGAGAUUUGCAAUCACUGCUUAAAAAUUUAGAUACCGAGAUAGCUAUUAAUGAGCAGCAUUUGGCUGAUGAGAAUGAUCGUCGACAAAUGUUUAAAGUGGACGCAAGUCGUCGCACGCACAAUUAUGACAAGUUUAUAUGCACGUUUCUCUCCAUGCUGGCACAUCAGGGCGUGCUGGGCGAGCUUGUCAGCCAACAUCUGUUGCCGACUAAGAAAAUGAGCGGCCAAGGUGCCGCCAAUCGCAUCAGCAAACAAAGCAACGCCUCUGGGCAGGCUGGCAACAAUGCUGGACACGCUGGUGUGGCAGGCGCCAAGUCUCAGACGUCGCAGCAACCACAACAGGCGGGCAAGAAUGGCAAAUCCCCAGGCAAGUCGCCUGGACGACGACGCAAGGGACGUAACAAAUGUAGAAAGCGCAAAUGAUGUUCAUGGGAUUCAAUAUCAAAAAGUCUACCAACUUAAUUUGUGUUAAGUUAUUUACGAGAUAAUUCAACUGCAUUGCGUACAUUAAGUUAAUGUAUAAGCAGCUCAUAGUUUAAG